GGCUGAGUUUCAAAUUCCGAUUUUUUUUGGUUGUCCCGAGUCUCUUCCUCCUCCUUCAAUCAUUUCAAUUCCAACUCACACACUCUUCUUCCAGCUAAUAAUAAACAACUUCAUCUCUACUUAUCAAAAUUCACUGCUUCCGACCAAAAAACGCCGUUCGCCGUCGCCGGGAUCUGGCGCAAUGGCUCCGCGUGGCUGACUUGUUCUACGCGUCGACAGUUGAAGUAAUAACGAAUAAAAAGUUGAGAGAGAAGAGAACGAAGUCACCUUUUUUUCGUUUCCUUUCUCUUUCGUUUUCAUUGACCUUUUCCUUAUUCAACUUGUACUACUAGAUAUUGAUAUCCUUUGCUUUAUUUUGAUUGAUUGAGAGAGAAGAAAAAAAUAAGAGAGAUGUAUGGAGUGGCUCCGCCCAAAAGUUCAGAUUCCGGCGAUGGUGCAACCAAUCAGGCCGCCUUUAUACGGACUUAUCAGGUCUGGAAGGGAAGUAAUGUAGUGGCAUGAAUGGUGGUGGUUCAAAGAUAAGAUUAUUCAACUUUAGUUUGGCAUGAACGGUGGUGGUUCAAAGAUGAGAUUAUUCAACUCAAUUGAAAAAUGAAAUUACGAUACUAAAAGAUAUGGAAGUACAACUACUUUUGCUCUCAGAAUAGCUGUUGCUGUCAUAGUGGGCAGAUUCCUGCAGUUUGUAGGGUUUAGUGCUCAAUGGACUCUGAAGUGCAGGGAAUUAUUUGGUGGUAAAUAUUUCAGGUUUCAGUGUAGAAAUUUAUUCUUCAAGGAAGAUUCAUUUUUGGACCUGAUGUCAGGUCAGUCUUUAUGACUAUCUUCCUAAUAGUCGCCCCAGUUGCUGUUUUUUGUGUCUUUGUUGCGAGGAAACUGGUGGAUGAUUUUUCUGGUGACUGGGGGUGGUCGAUUAUGGUUGUAGCCGUUGUUUUCUCAGUAUAUGUCAUAGUGCUUCUUCUACUGACUUCUGGAAGAGAUCCCGGUAUAGUUCCUCGCAACCUUCAUCCUCCAGAACCAGAAAACUUUGAAGGGAGUGCUCUAGCUGGACCUGGUCAAACUCCCCAAUUACGUUUACCACGCAUCAAGGAUGUGACUGUCAAUGGAAUAACUGUGAAAACCAAAUAUUGUGACACCUGCAUGUUGUACAGGCCUCCACGUUGUUCACAUUGUUCAAUUUGUAACAACUGUGUGGAACGUUUCGACCAUCACUGCCCCUGGGUUGGACAAUGCAUUGGAUUGAGGAAUUACCGUUUCUUCUUCAUGUUUGUCUUCUCAACAACCCUUCUUUGCUUGUACGUGCAUGGCUUUUGCUGGGUCUAUAUCAAAAGGAUCAUGGAUGGUGAACAUACGUCAAUCUGGAAGGCAAUGGCCAAGACUCCUGCUUCUAUUGUGCUAAUCAUUUAUACAUUUAUAUCAGUUUGGUUUGUUGGUGGCUUGAGCGUCUUCCAUUUGUAUCUUAUUGGCACAAAUCAGUCAACCUAUGAGAAUUUCAGAUAUCGGUAUGAUAGGAGGGUCAACCCUUAUAACAAAGGUGUACUUCACAACUUCUCAGAGAUAUUCUGCACUAGUAUACCUCCUUCGAAGAACAACUUCAGAGCCAAAGUGGCGAGAGAACCUGGAAUACCACCUCGUGAAGUUGGAGUUGGUUUUGUUAGUCCAAACAUGGAGAAAACAAUGAGUGAUUUAGAAAGGGGAAGGAAGCCUUCUUGGCAUGAAGAAAGGAGAGGAGCAAAUGAAUUUGAAGGACAGACUAGAAAUGAUAAUCAGUUCGAUAAGGAGGAAGAGCUAUCAGUUAUAUCCAAUGGUGCCACAUUGCCAGAUGGGCGUAGUAUACUACAUCCGAGGCGCUCUAGUUGGGGAAGAAGAAGUGGAACCUUGGAAAUACCACCUGAUGUAGUUGCUAUGGCAUCUGAAAUUGGAGAUUCAAAUAGGAUAACUGUCAGUAAUGGCGCUUUCUCAACCGAAAACCACCAAUAGUGACUACUGACCUUGGUGUUGUUUAAGCUAUUGUAAAAGAACUGACAACUGUAAAGAUCAUUAGCCAGAGUUUAUGGGUGGGAUCAGCCCUUCUGACUUUUAACUUCUCUGUGUGUAUAUUAUUUUCUUUUUUUUUUUUUGUUU